AUGACCACAACUGUAGAUUGCAAGAAUGGUGAGAACGAGCCUUGUACAGAUAUUUUUUGCCAAUUGAGUACCUUUGGCAGAUUUCAAACUAUUCAGUAUUUUCUCAUUUGUUUGCCUUUGAUGUUGGUCGCAAUGAUGAAUGUGAAUUAUAUAUUUGUAGCCGAAAAAGUUAACUACAGAUGUCGAGUUCCUGAGUGUGAUGGGCAAGACGCCAAUUCUACAAUGCCCAGAUGGUGGCCUGAAUCAGAAGAUAUAAAAUGUGUCAGGCCAAUAUUUAAUUUAUCGCAAAGUAAUGCAACUUGCUUAAAUGAAAUGGCCGUGGAAUUUAAAGAUUGUGACGAAUGGAUUUACGAACAUAGUAACUCAGUAAUUUCAGAGCUGGAUAUAGGAUGCACAUCGUGGAAGCCUCCUCUAAUAGGUAGUGCCCAUAAUAUCGGAAUGAUAUUUUCAAUGAUAAUAAUGGGCUGGAUGGCAGACAGAUUCGGAAGAAAGCCAAUCCUUAUUUUAUGUUCAAUCGGGGGAUCAAUCGGAUCGUUAAAGUUAUUUGUUUCCAACUUUUAUGUUUACGUUGGAUUGGAAUUUUUGGAAUCAUUAAUCUCAUCUGGGCUGUAUACUGUAGCCAUCGUAUUGAUGAUUGAAGUUGGUGGCGAGACCAAAAGAGUCAUAACUGGUGUUAUAUUCUCGUAUGCUACAUACGUCGGCGAAGUCUUAUUUGGCUUUCUAGCAAUGGGAUUUCAACAAUGGAAGGCAUUAUUACUAGCAACAUACGCUCCUGUUAUUUUAUUUAUUGCUUACAUAAUUACACUGCAUGAGAGUACCAGAUGGCAGUUGUUACAAGGAAAGGCCUCUGAAGCAAGAAACACCUAUAAAAUAAUUGCCAAAAUAAAUAAACUGACAUUAUCGAAUGAAGAGAUAGAUAAUAUUAGUGAAGAUGAUUUGCGGUCAAAAUUUAACGUAGCAUCUCAAAAAGAAAAAAAAGGCUUUAAGGAGAUCAUUAAUUCCAAAGAGAUAAUGAUUCGUGUCAUUGUUGUUUCGUUUUGUUUUUUCACAUGUGGAUUAGUAUAUUAUGGCGUUGCUAUGCAAUCUAUAUAUCUACCAGGAGAUAAAUACUUGAACUUUCUUCUGACUUCAUUGGCAUCGCUUCCCGGGGAUUUCAUAGCAUAUUUUACCUUUCCAAAAUAUGGUAGAAAAAUUUCUUUACAAUGCGGCUUUAUCUUCUGCGCUGUAUUUUUACUGGCACAGGCGUUUACCCCCGACGCGAUGAUAUGGCUAAAAUUGUCACUGUUUCUAUUUGGGAAAAUUGGAACUGCGUUAUGUUUUACUGGACUCUUCACGUACAGCUUAGAAUUGUUCCCUACCAGCGUAAGAGGAUCUUUGACCGGAUUUGGUAAUACAUUUUCAAGAAUCGGCAGUACUUUAUCACCUUUCACCAUGUUAUUUGUAAACGUACUUCCUGCCCUGCCAUCGAUGCUAUUUGCUGCCUUGGCGACCAUGUCUGCUUUAUUAGUACAACUAACCCCAGAGACUAAAACGUUACCUAUGUUUGAUACUAUACAACAAGUAGAGGCAUACAAAUCUAAAAUGACUACGAGAUUAUGAAAU